AUGGAUGACGAUAGGAGGGUACCGUCAGCAUCCCCACAUCCUGGCUACCUCUCAGACUCUCCGGAUACGCCACGCAUUGCGGUAGGCAACGCAGAUCUAGCUGGGGUAUACCAGUUGAUGGCGCAGUUACUCCAGCAGCAGCAGCAGAUGCAGCUGGCUGCAAUACAACCAGCUAACUCCUAUUAUGAGAGGUUCCGACGGUUGAACCCACCAGUGUUUAACGGCGGACCGGACCCGAUAGCAGCUGAGAUAUGGAUUCGGGAAAUGGAGAAGAUGUUCCAAGCACUCCAGUUUCCUGAAGAAACAAAGGUCCGAUUAGCCAUUCCCCUGCUGAUAGGAAGUGCUGAAUUUUGGUGGACAACCAUGGAACCAGCAUACCCUGCCAGCAGGAUAACUUGGAGGGACUUCACGAGGUUGUUCUAUACAGAGUAUUUCCCGGACUCGGUUAGCCAGAUGAAACAAGAUGAAUUCUUGACAUUGAUGCAGUCCGAGCAGAUGUCCGUCCUAGAGUAUGCCAACAAAUUCAACAAACUGGGCCGGUUUUGCCCCCAGUUCAUGGACAAUGAAAGGAGUAAGGCAAGCCGGUUUGAGCGGGGGCUGAGGUACAGGAUCAGAUCCCGGAUAUCUUCUCACCUAUUCACCUGCUACAGAGACAUACUGGACCGGGCCUUGAAGGUUGAGGCCGACUUGAUGAGGCCUGGCAUAGAAAGAAAUAAUCUGAUGAAGGCCAGGCCAGCAGGAGGACAGAGCAGUAGGCCCAGGGGCAUCAAGGGGUUUAUGAUUAAGAAAAGACAGAACCGAGGUUGCCCCAGCUGCGGCAAGCAUCACAGUGGGCCCUGUCUGAAGAAAAUUGGGGCCUGUUUUACAUGCGGGCAGCUUGGACAUAUAGCACGUGACUGCCCAAGAAGAGCCCCCAGACUUCCUACACCCGAGGGCCAGAGGCUAAGGAACAACCUUCGAGCAUUCGUGCUGACUCGCCAGGACGCCAGUGCGAGCGACCAAGUGGUGACAGGUACACUGCCAGUUAAUUUGAUUGAUGCCUCUAUUCUGUUUGAUUCUGGUUCUACACAUUCCUUUGUGUCGGUUAGUUUUUCCAAACAGUUGCAUUGCACAUCUGAGAAAAUAGAACCAUUGCAUGUUGCCACACCCCUCCAAGAAACAGUAAUAGUCGACACUAAAUACAAGAACUGCAUAAUUCAGUUGGGAGGAAAGGAGUUAGAGGCAAAUCUUCUACAGCUUGACAUGCAUGAUUUCGACAUUAUUUUGGGAAUAGACUGGAUGUCCCAAUACCACGCCCAUAUUGACUGUUACCAUAAGAAAGUGGUAUUCCAGAUGCCAGGGGAAUCGGAGUUCUUCUUUCUGAAUGACGAUACACCUCCUCAAUGUAAUUCAACACUGCAUUUCAUUUCUGCCUUGCAAGCCGCCAAAGCACUAAAAAAAGGAUGUACGGCUUAUCUAGCAUGUGUGGUGGAUACCCAAAAGGAGAUCAAACUAGAAGAUAUUCCGGUAGUCAGGGAAUAUCCGGAUGUUUUUCCUGAGAAAUUACCGGGACUACCUCCUGAUCGCGAGGUCGAAUUCACUAUUGACCUCACACCAGGAGCAGGACCUAUUUCCAAGGCUCCUUAUCGAAUGGCCCCUGCUGAGCUCAGAGAAUUAAAGACACAAUUACAAGAACUUUUGGAUAAAAAGUUUAUUCAACCCAGUGUGUCUCCAUGGGGAGCCCCAGUACUAUUUGUAAAAAAGAAGGAUGGGAGCAUGCGAUUGUGCAUCGAUUAUCGGGAACUGAACAAGAUAACUAUAAAGAACAAAUAUCCUCUGCCCCGGAUCGACGACCUGUUUGACCAGCUGCAAGGUGCCCAAGUCUUCUCCAAGAUAGAUUUGCGGUCCGGUUACCAUCAGUUAAAAAUCAAGCCUGAUGACGUGCCAAAGACUUUCGAACCAGUGAACAGAGUCUUCAAGCAGAAUUUAGAUCAGUUCAUGAUAGUCUUCAUUGAUGAUAUACUGAUUUAUUCAAGGAGCAGGGAAGAGCAUGAAAUUCAUUUGAGAAUGGGACUGCAGACCCUUCAGAAGAAAACGUUAUAUGCCAAGCUGAGCAAAUGCGAGUUCUGGUUGAGCAGCGUGGCAUUCCUGGGGCACGUGAUCUCCGAGAAUGGAGUGUCGGUGGAUCCCAAGAAGAUUGAAGCAGUGGAGUUAAAACAGAGGUUAGUAUCUGCUCCAAUUUUAACUCUGCCAUCCACAAAUGGAGAAUUUACUAUUUAUAGUGAUGCUUGCAAAACUGGGCUAGGCUGUGUAUUAAUGCAAAAUGGCAAGAAAGAAUUGAAUAUGCGGCAAAGAAGAUGGUUGGAACUUCUGAAGGACUAUGAUUUGAGUAUUAAAUACCACCCAGGCAAAGCUAACGUGGUGGCCGAUGCUCUGAGUAGAAAGUUAGCGGUGACUUUAGCUGCACUACUCACCGCUCAGCCGCAGAUUCAAAAGGAUCUUGAUAGGCUACAAGUUGAAGUAGUUGCACAAACUACAAGGAGUCUGUUGGCCACUCUGAGGAUACAACCGACACUGAUCGACAGAAUAAAGAUCGCCCAGCAGUCUGAUGAGAUCCUAAGAGAAGCCCACCAAUCUCGUUUCUCCAUCCACCCCGGCAGUACCAAGAUGUACAGAGACCUCCGAGAGCAUUACUGGUGGAAAGGUAUGAAAAGAGAAAUAGCUGAAUAUGUUGCCCGAUGUAUGACCUGUCAGCUGAUAAUAGCAGAACACCAGAGGCCAGCAGGAUUACUAAAGCCACUAGAAAUUCCAGAAUGGAAAUGGGAGCAUAUAACUAUGGACUUUGUUACAGGGCUCCCAAGAACAGUAAAAAGAAAUGAUGCAGUGUGGGUGAUUGUUGACCGCCUCACAAAAUCAGCUCACUUCCUACCUUUUAGGGUUGGAACCUCAUUGGACAGGCUGGCCCAAAUAUAUAUUGAUGAAAUUGUGCGCCUACAUGGAGUGCCAGUGAGCAUUGUAUCUGAUCGCGACCCCUGA